AUGCUGCAGAAUGGGCAUGCAAAGCGACGUAAGGCAGUCCACCGGAGAAGGGGAGGAAUUGUGUGGAUGGUUUUAGGAGUACUAAUAUUUUAUAUUAUAGAAAAAGGAAGAUAUGGGUGUUCAUGUUUUUUCAUAGACAAUAAACAUUACUUAAGCUUAAGUAGUAAAACAAGAACACAAAAAAUAUACGUUUCAAAACCUGCUCAAAAAAAAAGUAAUCAACUAAAAACAAAAGUAAUAAUAAAUAAAAAGAAAAAAGAAGAAAAUGAAAGAAAUAAAGCAAAUAAAAAUGAAUUUAAAUCAUCAUCUAAAUAUAAAAUGAUUGAAGAACUUAUAGAGGAUUAUCCAAUAAAAUUGCCUUUAUUAUAUAAUAUAGAAAAAGAACCAUUUAUGAUAUUAAAAGAUAAGAUAAAAAAAGAAUAUUUAAAAGGUUAUGAAUUGCCAUUUAAUUUUAUACAUCCUGUUAAAUAUGAAUUAUUGAAAAUAAUUGGGAAAGUAUCUGAUCCCUUUAAACCUAUAUGCUCCCAUUCUUUAACUCCUAAAUUAUUUAUAAGUAAAUUAUUUGGAAAUGCAUCUGAAAUAACUUAUGAUGAUUUUUGCUAUAAGUUAGAAUAUAAAUUUAAAUUUUAUAUGCCAUCCUAUACACAAAUAUUUAAAUUUGAAAAAGAAUUAUUAUGGAAACAAUGGAUAGAAGUCCGAGGUCUUAAAGAAGUCUCACCCGUUACACCCCCCGAAGAUCAUGAUCGAAUUGAAAAAAUUUUAGAAGAUGAUGAAACAACAUUACCAAUAGCUAUUCGAAGAGUUAAUAAAGAAAUAAAUAGUCAAGGUGUACAUCCAGCUAUAUUACGAAUGUUUUUUGAUUUUUUAAAUAUUGCAAAGUCAGGUAAUAUUAUCACUAAUAUAACUAGUAAGCUACUCACUAAGACUAAGACGUUAAAUAAUGGGCAAGAUAAUGGUGGAAAUGAAAAUGUUUUGAAAAGAUCUCAUGCCUUUUUAAAACUUGAAUCUAUAAAAAAUGAAAUAAAAAAUAGAGACUAUUUAGAAGGAAUUAGACCAGACUAUUUAUAUAUUAUCCUUAAUAAAAAAGCAGAAGAAUAUUAUAACAAUUUUAAUGAAAAAGAAUAUGAUAAAGAAUAUAGAGAAGCUGUUAAUUACAACACAAUGAGACAAAAUAUGAUUAGUGAAAAUUCGGAAUAUAAAAAACAAAGAAAAUUAUUUUCUGAACAAACAAAAAAAUCUUUAAUGAAAUUUUAUGAUAUACAACUACCAACUUAUUUUAAAAAAUAUAUGGAAAAAAAAAAAGAAAAUUAUAAAAUUAUUCAAUCUAAAAUUAAAAAAAUGAUUGAUAAUAAAUAUCUUAAAAGAAAACAAAGAAGAGAAGAUAUACUUUCUGGAAAAAUAUCACCCAUAACAGUAGAACAGCAAAAAGACCCUGAAACUGAAGAAAAGAAAAAACGAAAAAAAAAAAAAAAAAAGUAA